AUGCCGAGGGCAACGAGCCAGAAGUUCACGAGGCUUCACCAAGAAUCGAAUACGGCUCCUCUCAAGAAGAAACCGAGUGGAGAGCAACAGCAGUCAAGCGGCGGAGCAGCCAGCAAUCCGAUCUUCAAUACUGACAAGCUCGGCCAACACAUCCUCAAAAAUCCAUUAGUAGCACAGACGAUAGUCGACAAAGCCGCACUCAAAACGACGGAUAAAGUCUUGGAAGUCGGCCCAGGAACGGGGAAUUUGACGGUCAAGAUCCUCGAGAAGAAUUGCAAACAGUUGACGGUCGUGGAGAUGGAUCCUCGCAUGGCAUUCGAGCUCUCGAAACGGUUCCAGAACGCCAAAGAUCUCAGCUUUAAACGCAAGUUAGAGAUCAUCGUCGGCGAUUUCUUGAAGACUGAGUUACCUUACUUCGACGUUUGUAUCAGCAAUACACCGUACCAAAUUUCUUCGCCGUUGGUGUUCAAGCUCUUAGAACAUAGACCGAUCUUCCGAGUAGCAGUUCUUAUGUUCCAAAAAGAGUUUGGGUUAAGGUUAUGUGCCCGACCGGGCAGCAAGUUGUGGUCGCGGUUAUCAGUGAAUGUGCAGCUAUAUUCAAAAGUAUCACAUCUGAUGAACGUCGGCAAGGCGAAUUUCCGGCCCCCGCCCUUGGUCGAAAGUUGUGUCGUCAAACUCGAACCACUCAAUCCGCCCCCCAACAUCGCAUUCAAUGAGUUUGAUGGCCUCACUCGGAUCUGCUUCAAUCGUCGGAAUAAAACUAUCAGGGCCUCUUUCUUCGCUUCUACUGCUACCCUCAACAUGCUCGAAGCUAACUGGAAAACGUGGCGCUCUCAACAACAAUCCGAUUCGGCAAUCGUUACUGACCAGGAAGAAGGAGAAAAUUUCUCGGCUAAACUGGAAACAAUUCUGCAAGAAUCCGGCUAUUCAGAUUCCCGAUCAGCCAAGAUGGAUGUCGACGAUUUCCUAUCACUACUGGCGUGUUUUCAUAAACACGGCAUUCAUUUCGCCUGA